AUGAAGAAAAGAAUGAUGGACAUUUUAUCGUUCUUGUUCUGCUCACUUUUGUUUUGGAUCAACAUCGCAAGAGCGGAAAAUGUUUGUUCCAGACCUGAGCUCGGUGACUUGGUCCAGGUGAAGGAUUUGCAGCGGUACUUCAGUGCAGGGGUGGUGCUGGCGCUUUCCUGUGCCCCUGGACACACCCCCUACAAUGGCCCCCGCACCAUCGUCUGCACAAACACUGGGCAGUGGACAAAAACAAAGUUUACAUGCAAACCUGUGGAGUGCUCAUCCCCAGAUGCUCCUGUGAAUGGACAAAUGCACUAUGAAGAUUUACUAUACCAGAGUGUGGUCAACUUUACUUGUGAUGAUGGGUACAUCUUGACAGGAGCCAGCAGUGCUUCAUGCCUUAUUGACGGUAGCUGGAGUGUACAAGAGCCACAAUGCAAGCCUGUUUCCUGUGGUCCUGCUCCAAUCCCAGAGUUUGGCAUGAUCAUUUAUGAUAAGAUUAUUAGGGGCAAUAACAUUUAUUAUGGUACCUCUGGAACUUACAAGUGUCUAGCUCCAUUGGCACUAUUUGGUGAAGAGAGAGCUGAAUGUAGAGCCAAUGGGCAAUGGACUGAGACACCUCAAUGUCAAGAGGUCAGCUGCUCUCCACCUGAGAACAUAGAAAAUGGCGUCAUGUCGAUCCCCCAGAAGAGAGACUUCGAAUACACUGAAACUAUCAAAUAUGGCUGUAAUGGUGACUAUGUACUCCAUGGGCCACUACAGAUUGUUUGUGAGAAGACUGGACAGUGGUCGGAAAAGCCAUCAUGCAAAGCUCCGUGCAGCGUUGGUAUUCAGUUUGGAAGAAUCAUGUACAAAGGGAAAACACUUUGGAUGGAAGAUUUCAAACCCAACAUAGUGCUACACGGAGAAACUGUUUCUGUUUACUGCCUGGACAAAGACAGAAAUUGUGAAUAUGCAUUUCCAACCAAUUGUUUUGAUGGUUUACUGAGCGUUCCUGAAUGCUUUGAAGAGCCAAGUAGAUCACAGGUUUCCAGUUCAAAUCCAACUGAAAUGUCCCAGUGUUAA